GGGUCGGAGUUGGGCGGGGCCUGGGUGAGGACUAACCAAUCCCAAGGCUGGUGGUGCCGGAGCCUAGCCAAUCAGGAGUGAGUGGGGCGGGCACGAAGCGGAGCUGGCAGCCCGGGCUGUGCUGAGCAGGAGGUGGAGCGCUGAAGGAUGGCGGCCGCGAUGGCGAGCGCUGCGGAGCGGGCAGUGCUGGAAGAAGAGUUUAAAUGGCUUUUGCAAGAGGAGGUUCAUGGUGUCCUGAGACAGCUGCAGGAUAUUCUGAAGGAGGCUUCUCACAGAUUUGCUUUGCCUGUUGGUGGCACAGAAGGACCAGUCAAACAGGAGAAUUUUAUGCUGGGUACUUCAAGCGCAGACCAGGUGAAAGGAGCGUUGAUGCUGCAGGGAGAUGCUCUCUGCCAAGCUGAUAUUAACUUGAAAAUGCCCAGAAAUAACCAGCUCCUUCACUUCACAUUCCGCGAAGACAAGCAGUGGAAAUUGCAACAGAUCCAGGAUGCUAGGAACCACGUUAACCAAGCAAUUUACCUGCUCACAAACCGAGAUGUAAACUACCAGUUCAAAACCGGCUCUGAGGUCCUCAAGCUGAUGGAUGCAGUGAUGUUACAGCUGACACGAGCUCGGAACCGGCUCACUACUCCAGCCACCUUAACCCUACCAGAAAUUGCCUCCAGCGGCCUUACGAAAAUGUUUACCCCUGCUCUGCCCUCGGACAUCCUUGUGAAUUUUUACAUCAACCUAAAUAAGCUGUGUUUGACUGUCUACCAGCUCCAUGCACUGCAGCCCAAUUCCACCAAGAACUUCAGACCUACUGGAGGGUCUAUUCUGCAUAACCCUGGAGCCAUGUUUGAGUGUGGCAGCCAAAGAUACGAAGUCAGCCAUGUCCAUAAAGUGGAGUGUGUGGUACCUUGGCUAAAUGACGCCCUUGUCUUCUUCACGGUCUCUCUGCAGCUCUGCCAGCAGCUGAAGGACAAGAUCUCUGUGUUUUCCAGCUACUGGAACUACAGGCCGUACUAAUCCUUCCAGGAGAGUUUGACCCUACGUGACUCUGAAAACUACUGCCCUGCCCUCUUAGGAGGAAACCCCUGUGUACCAACCUGAGAGGAGUGCCAUGUCGCACUGGCCUGUGUUCUGCCAUACACCAGGGUCAGUGCUUUCCAGAGACAUCACUUGUAGGAGCUGCUUGUGCUUCAGACCUCAGGGUUCAACACAUGGCAGCACUAAGCAGGGCCCUUCGCAGUGCUGUGAUGUGGACCGUGAGCUUGCUCGUGUCUGCGUAGUCACAUGUAGAAUGUUACUUAUUUGCACUUUGCAAGCCCAUAAUAAGUUAUGUGGACCAUGUCCGAGGGGCUGGGGUGAGGGGAAGACCAUGGGCCAGUAAAGCUAAUGUAAUUUGCACAUACCAUGAGGAUUGCUGGACCAUGAGCAGGGCUGGGGAGGGACGGAGACAGACAAACACUAACUGGGGCAGGCUGAGUGCUUGUUAAUGUGCAGCACAUCACGGGUCAAGGGGAUGCUGUCUCAUGCGGUGACCUAGGAUGGUCUAGCAAGGUUUUUGAAUGGCCCCAAGACUCAUUCCUUCCUGUCUCAAACCCUCCCCAGCAUCUGUCCAGAUAUUUCUUGUAAUUCAGUUUGAGAUGUUCUUAUUUGCAGCUGUUACUUCCUUCUCCCUGGCACCAAUGUGACUGCGUGUUACUCCUUGUUUCUGAGCCCCAGGUGAGCCAGUCAUUUUUGUCUGUGUUAGAAUGUAGCUUCUGUUCACCAUUUGCACAUAAACCUCUCUCCCUAGCACAGGAAUGAGCGGAGCCUCUGUCCGCCAUCUGUGCCAGGUCUUCCAUUGUACAGUCUCGAUGGUCUACCACAGGAUGACACUAAACACAGAUCUGUGGACAAGACCACGUUGUUCCUGUGGAAGGAUGGUUAUUGUUACCUGCCUAACCUAUUGAUGCUACAGUAUAUGAAUCAUCCCCAUAACCAGUCAAUAUUUGUGAAAUAAAGUUCCUCAGACCAA